UCCUUUGCUCGUUUUUUGUUGUUGCUUUUGUUAAUAACAAAAAUUUCAAAAUUUCAUCAUCUUUUUGAAACACAAUCGAUUCAAUCUGCAAUUCAGGAAUAAUGCAUCGAUCAUCAAAAGCUACAACUGAUGAUAAUCGUCGCAUGAUUGGUACCACCGCGACAACAUCGAAUCAUAAAUCAAAUCAACGAAAAAUUCACGAUGAUAAAUUUGCUUUGCAAAAAAAAUGCAUUUCAAUCGAUAUGAAAGUUGAUGCAAUCGAUAUGAGUGCAUAUGAUGCAACUACAUUGGAUGAUUUGUAUAAACAUCGUUCAGAAUUGAAUGAACAAAAUCUUCUUCAUAACGAAUUGGUUCGAACGAUUUUUACUCAGAAAAAUGUUGAACAAUCAUUGAUAGCGAUUGUUAAACAAUUGGGUGAAAAAAUUGAACAAUAUGAUGAUAAAAUUUUGAAAAAAAUCAAAAUUUUGAAACAAAAUGGAAUUCCCAUUGAUUGGAAACAAUCAAAAUCAUUAUCAUCAUCAACAACAACAACGUCGACAUCGACAUUGACAUCGACAUCACCUUUAUUAUUGGAACCAACUUUGUUGCCGAAUCCAUCAUCAUCCGGAUCUGAAUCACGAUCAUCAUCACCGUCGCGACCACCACCGCCAUCAAAGGAUAAAUCAUGGUCAAAUUAUUUUAACGAUCCAAAAUUGAAUCGAAAGGAAAUUGAAAAUCUUGUUCCAUCAAAUCGACAUUCAUACAAAUCCAAUCAUUUCAAUGAAUUUGAACAGAUAUUAAAAAAUCGUAAUAAAUUUUUUGGUUUUGAUUCAAAUUUUGAUGAUGAGCAUUUCAUUAUCAAUGUACGAUUGGCCAAUGGUGGUGAUCUAAUUUUUGAUGAUAAUCCUGAUCCAACCACUGUUGAAUCAUGUGUGGCAAAUCCUGCAACUGAUUGGCCGAAGAAUAUGAAAAAUUUCAUUCGUCAAUAUCAUCAAUUACCAGCACAUCAUUUCAUUGAUCAAUUUCAAAAAUCGCUUUCACACCAAUUAUUAUUUUUAUCAUUGGAUAAUCGUAUUAAAUUAUUUAAUUCAAUGUUGGAUGAAUUGGCAUCUAAUUAUCCGGAUGAACAUGAUCAAUUGAUUGUGCCAUUUAUCAAAAUUGCCGAAAUCAUACGUAUAUCACGACCACAAUUACAUAUUAUGGAAUGGGCACGUGAUAAAAUUUUUGCCGGUAUUUAUAGUGAUAUUGUUGAUUAUCGCCAUUUACAUCGACUAAUCGAUCAACGUCAAAAUCAAUCAAUCAAAUCAACAUUAAAAGAAUCAUUGGAAAUAAAAAAACUUGAAUCAUUGAAAUGUUACCGCGGUACAUUAAAUUUGAUCGGUACUAUAUACAAUGAAAGUAUAUCAACACCGAACAAAGAUAUCUUUGAAAUUUUCUGUUCUUUAUCCAAACAUUCAACCAAACAAAAUCGUGAAAUUUAUCUGGAAUUAUUGACCGAUUUCAUUUUGUUGGUAGGACCAAAAUAUUUUUCAUCAUUAUCCAAAGGUAAUGAUGAAAAAUAUCAAAUGGAUAGAAUAUUAAUGGAAUUUAAACAUUCGAAAGCUGAAUAUCCUGAUCAUUUGAAAUCAAAACGAACCAUGGUCAUCAAUAUGAUAGAAAAUAAAAUGAUUCGUCGUCCGAACAAUUUAUAAACAACCCCAUCUUCAUUCCAUCUUAACAAUGAUUGUAAAAAGAUUAUUCAAUGUUGAAA